CUUCAACAAUCAAUAAACCCCAAAACAAAACCCGUCGCUCGCAAAUUCCAAAUAUUUCACAUCAAUGAGCAAGAGAGCCUUGAAGGCCCUUCUCUCUCACUCAAUCCCAACCCUCUCAUCAUGUCUUCGACCCAACCUCAUUAUUCCUUCAAAAACUCCUUCAAAGCUUUUCAGUGCUUCCCGCCAAGGUCUCUUCUCUUUGGUAUCCAGAUUCGCCACCACUCCUUCACCACCGGACAAUCUUGAAGGAUUGGUUGAUGCGGACUAUCUAGCUUGGAUUGAGAAUUCGCCAGUCGAGUCAUUUUCUAGCGAGGAAUUUGCCUUGUUGUCUGAUUCUUUGUCGGAUACUACUGAUGCUGGUUCUGGGUCGCAAAAGUUUGAGGUUGGUAAGUUCUCUAAUGAUGCUCUUUUGAUUGCAAACGGUGUCGUGAGUAGUGAUGACGGGUUUGGUAGCAAAACCCAUAAAUUUCUUAGGCAAUUUAGGGAGAAAUUGAGUGCAAAUAUUGUGAUUGAGGUAUUGAAUAUAGUUAAAAACCCAGAAUUGGGUGUCAAGUUCUUUAUAUGGGCGGGUAGGCAAAUUGGGUAUGCUCACACAAUGCCUGUCUAUAGUGCAUUGUUGGAUAGACUAGAAUGUGAUAAUGACGAUAGAGUGCCGGAACCAUUUUUGCAAGAAAUUAAGGGAGAAGAUAAGGAAGUGCUGCGGAAGUUGCUUAAUAUUUUGAUACAGAAAUGUUGCAGAAAGGGGUUGUGGAAUGUGGCAUUGGAGGAGCUAGGGAGGCUUAAGGAUUUCGGGUAUAGGCCCUCUAGAUUGACCUAUAAUGCUCUUGUUAAAGUGUUUCUGAAAGCCAACCGAUUAGAUACUGCUCAUUUGGUUUAUAGGGAAAUGUCGGAUGCAGGAUUUAGGAUGGAUGCUGCUACACUAGGUAGUUAUGUGAAUUCCCUUUGCAAGGCAGGGCAGUGGAGGGAAGCCCUCACACUGAUUGAAAAAGAAGAAUUUGUUCUGGAUACAAUUAUUUAUACACACAUGAUAUCUGGGUUAUGUGAAGCUUCGCUUUUUGAAGAAGCCAUGGAUUUUUUAAUUAGGAUGCGGGCUAGUUCUUGCAUACCUAAUGGCAUAACUUACAGGAUUUUACUUUGUGGAUGUUUGAGAAAAAGACAGCUUGGUAGGUGUAAGAGGAUUCUUAAUAUGAUGAUUACAGAAGGCUGUUAUCCUGCUCCUAAGAUAUUUAAUUCUCUCAUUCAUGCGUAUUGCAAAGCUGGAGACUACUCCUACGCCUAUAAGGUGCUUAAGAAAAUGGUUACAUGUGGUUGCCAGCCUGGUUAUGUCCCUUACAAUAUCUUGAUUGGUGGAAUAUGUGGCAAUGUGGAGUUACCUAGUUCUGAUGCAUUGGAAUUGGCUGAGACAGCUUACAGUGAAAUGUUUGAUGCAGGUUUUGUACUAAACAAGAUUAAUGUCAGCAAUUUCGCUCGAUGUCUUUGUAGUGCUGGAAGAUUUCAGAAAGCGUAUAACAUUAUUUGUGAAAUGAUGAUGAAGGGUUUUAAACCUGAUACUUGUACAUACACCAAUGUGAUUGGUUAUCUAUGUAAUGCCUCAAAAGUAGAAAAGGCUUUUCUAUUGUUUGAAGAAAUGAAAAGGAAUGGUGUUGUUCCUGAUGUCUAUACAUAUACAAUAUUGAUUGACAGUUUCUGUAAAGCUGGUCUAAUAGAACAGGCUCGCAACUGGUUUGACGAAAUGGUAAGAGAUGGUUGUUCACCAACCGUGGUUACUUAUACUGCUCUCAUUCAUGCUUACCUUAAAGCAAGGAAGCUGUCAAAUGCAAAUGAGGUAUUUGAGAUGAUGUUAUCUGAAGGUUGCUUUCCUAAUAUUGUUACAUAUACAGCUCUAAUUGAUGGUCAUUUCAAGGCUGGAGAGGUUGAGAAAGCUUGCCAGAUUUAUGCCAGAAUGAGAGGUGCUGAUAUCUCAGAUGUAGAUAUGUAUUUUAGGGAUACUGACGAUGACAGAAAAGAACCAAAUGUUUUUACAUAUGGGGCAUUGGUCAACGGCUUAUGCAAGGCUCACAAGGUCAAAGAGGCAUGCAACUUAUUGGAUGCCAUGUCAGUGGAAGGUUGCGAGCCGAACCAUAUUGUAUAUGAUGCUCUUAUAGAUGGAUUUUGCAAGGUUGGGAAGCUAGAUGAAGCACAAGAAGUGUUUGCCAAAAUGUCAGAUCGUGGGUAUAGCCCGAAUGUGUAUACUUAUAGCUCAUUGAUUGACAGGUUAUUUAAGGAUAAAAGGCUAGAUCUUGUUCUGAAAGUCCUGUCAAAAAUGCUGGAAAACUCAUGUGCUCCUAAUGUUGUUAUCUACACAGAGAUGAUUGACGGCCUUUGUAAAGUUGGUAAAACAGAUGAAGCCUUUAGACUUAUGCAGUUGAUGGAAGAAAAGGGUUGCUGUCCUAAUGUUGUGACAUAUACUGCAAUGAUAGAUGGAUUUGGCAAAGCAGGUAAAGUAGCCAAAUGUCUUGAGCUUCUGGAACAAAUGUGUUCCAGGGGUUGUGCACCAAAUUAUGUGACCUAUAGAGUAUUAAUACAUCAUUGUUGUGCUGGUGGUCUUUUUGAUGAUGCUUAUAAACUUUUGGAAGAGAUGAAGCAUACGUACUGGCCUAGGCAUAUGGCAAGCUAUCGAAAAGUCAUUGAAGGUUUCAGCAGCGAGUUCAUUACUUCUCUCGGGCUGUUAGAUGAGAUGACGAAAGAUGAUUCAGUGCCAAUUAUCCCAGUCUAUAGAGUUAUGAUUGAUAGUUUUGUAAAAGCUGGAAGACUGGAUGAGGCUCUGGAACUGCUUGAAGAGAUAGCACAAUUACCGCAAUUUUCUGCCACCAGCAGGAAUACAUAUGUUUUGUUAAUUGAGAGUCUCUGCCUUGCAAAUAAGGUAGACAAAGCUUUUGAGUUGUAUGCAGACAUGAUUCAUAAGGGUGGGGUUCCUGAGUUGAGUACAUUUUUUCACCUUAUCAAAGGAUUGAUCAAAGUUAACAAAUGGGAAGCAGCACUUCAGCUCUCCGAUAGCAUAUGUCAAAUGGGUGUCCAUUGGCUCCAAGAAGAGAAAUCUGACACAAAUUAGAGAUGAUUAACAGCUAAAUGCUUGCUGAAGUGAUGUAACAUUUUUUUACGCCAUCAUGGCCUAUAAUUGAGAUGUACUAUAUCUCCUGCGCCUGAUGAGAAUUUUUUUUUGGUUUGCUUCAAUAGAAUGAAGGGUUGCUCACAUUGUACCUAAGAGUGUAGCAUUGCAUUUCAGAAAGUAUCAACCAGAAGCAUCUGGAGCAGAGCUCUAAGGAUGACGUUGAUCUCCAUUGAGCAAGGCAUCCAAAUGUCCCGGUUCAUUCUUACAAGAUAAAAGAGCUGGUAAGUAAAUAUUAUUUAUCUGAAUCUCUCCAUAGAUUCAUUUAAGAGCUAUAAGAAUAUUUAUGCCUAUAGUUGAAAUAUUUAACCACUUUAGAGAAAUAUGGAGGGGAGGCAUUAGCAAUUUAGCAUGUCCAGACAUUUAAAAGGAAAAGAAAACUGUUGGUCCAUAGGACAACAUGUUUUACAAUUCGUUUAUUUGUGGAUUUUUGUACACAAAGUGAUAAGCUGUGAAUUAAUAUAGCACAUCUAAACAACAUACAAUUAGGACUUUAAAAGAGACUCAGAAACACUUAUUAAUCAGUAACAGUAGCACCCCCAUAUUUCGAUACUAUAUCACUUGAUUUCAUGAUAAUGUGGUUCAGACUCUGAUGAGCAGAUGGUCGCACUGUGAAGUACAACGGUCUCAACUGUAAGACCCGGACCAAACCCAAACAAAACCCCAUUCCAUCCCUUCCCCAGUGGUGGCCUUCCCUUCAUCCGCAGACCUCUUUCUCAUCUCAUCCAAGAUGAAGAACACACAUGCACUUGACAUGUUACCAUACUCACUUAAAACGUAACGACUUCCUGAGUUUAUCUUCUUUCAGUCUGAGUUCGGAGUCAAUCUUGUUUAAGAUCUUACUGCCACCCGGGUGAGGAACCCAGAACACUGAGUUCUAAUCACUGAUUCCAAGUGGAUUAAAAGCUUCUGUUAAGCAACUUCCAAUGUUUUCAGCAAUUAAGGAAGGUACAUCCUUAAGUAAGUGAAAUGUUUGUCCUGCUUCAAUGAUGUGGGCCUCUAUUGAACCCUCAGAGUCAGGUAUGAUAGUCUGCGUUGCUGAUACAAGCUCGAAUAAUGGACACUCAAUUGAAACAUCAGGAUCAGCACCAACAAUCAAUGCAGCAGCUCCAUCCUCAAAAAGUGCUUGGCCCACCAAAGAGUCAACAUGGGCUUCAGAUGGGCCGCGGAAGGUAACAGCACCGAUUUCUGAACAUACCACAAGAACACGAGCUCCCUUGUUGUUCUCUGCAAGGUCCUUGGCCAGGCGGAGGGUGGUGGCACCUGAAUAGCAACCAAGUAAGUAAAGCAUGACACGAUUAAUGGAGGGCUUGAGGCCGAGGAGCUUGACGAGUUGGUAGUCUGCACCAGGCAUGUCUACACCGGAGGUAGUAGUGAAGAUGAGGUGAGUGAUCUUGGACUUUGGCUGUCCCCAUUCUCGGAUGGCUUUAAUAGCUGCUUCUUUUCCUAGUUUUGGUACCUCACGAAUCACCAUUUCUUGUCGGGUGUUGAGAGAUGGAGCCAUGAAGGUACACAUGUUGGGACUCUUCUUCAAUAUGUCUUCUGUUAGGUACAUCUGACGUUUCCUAAUCAUUGUCCUGUCACCUGUCAACAAAGAUUUCGAAACAUGAUCAGUUGAAAGUGUAGUUCUUACAAGGAUCUUGAGUGGAAUUUGAAUUGGAGGGGAUCUUAAACCCUUUUAGUAUACAAACACACAUAUGCGCUUGAACUUGUCUUUGAGCGCGGUCAUGUGCUCGCUAUCAGUGAUCCUGAAAUAAAAAUCGGGAUAUUCAGCUUGUAGGAAAUGGUUGGGUGGAGUGGCUGUGCCAAUGGCUAGAAUGGUGGCUGGACCCUUAGCCCUUUGAGCAUUUCUGAUAUCCUCAACUGAUGCCAUGUAUUCUAAUUACGAGAAAGACUUGAUCAAUGUAAGUAAUUUCAAUGAGGAGAAGUGAGGAAGAGCAUUCUAUUUAUAUAUUU